AUGACUUCCUUCGAAGGAAGAGAGGACCUCUUGAGCAAAGAGCUCCGGACUCAUCGCCAAGACCCACAAGCCGUUCUCCUUCCCCAUACAAUGAAAACCCUCCCAAACAUUGAGGAACUUCUUGCCACAGGCGAGCUCCAUGUUGUAGCUAUCAAGAUGAAGGACGUGGCAAUUCGCCCCUGCAUUGGAUUCAAGAGCCGCGGUGUCUAUCACGCACAAGCUGAAAAGGUGCACGAUAUUGAGAAGACCCUCAAGUUCAGCAAAACGAUCUUCCUCUUGAUGAGAUCUCCCAAGAAGAGCCGUUACUAUCUGGUCACGAUGCUCUCUUCUUGA